AUGAAGUGUCAAUCGGUAGCCUGUAUUUGGUCAGGCUCUCCACCUGUUCACGUAGUCACCGCCACAGCUGUAAUCAAUCGACCUCCGACACUCUACACCGGCGGAUCCGAUGGCUCUAUCAUCUGGUGGAACCUAUCCCUCACUGAUUCCAAUCAGGAAAUAAAAGCAGUUGCUAUGUUGUGUGGUCAUGCAGCACCAAUAGCUGAUCUUGGCAUAUGUGUUCCUGAUGCAACUUUGGGAGAUCAAAACUUAGACGAUCCAACUAAUGAGGCAUUGCAUUCUAACUCAGCUAAAUAUGGAGCACUAAUAAGUGCGUGUAAUGAUGGUGUAUUGUGUGUUUGGAGCAGAGGCAGUGGGCAUUGCAGGCGCAGAAGGAAGAUGCCACCUUGGGUGGGGAGUCCUUCCAUGGUUCGAACAUUGCCUGAAAAUCGGAGAUAUGUCUGUAUAGCCUGUUGUUUCGUUGAUGCGGUUCAUUUAUUUAACUAUAAGUCACUUGAUUCCACUGAAAGGGAUGAGGCUUUGGGGGAUAGAGAAUCACAUCACACAAAAGCUUCCCAAUGCACGGUCGUAAUUGUGGAUUCAUAUACUCUUACCAUUGUCCAAACCAUUUUUCAUGGUAAUUUAUCUAUUGGCCCUUUGAAGUUCAUGGCUGUAAUUUUUUCCGGUGGGGAUAUGGAGAAGCAAUCAGUGAUGAUGGUUGAUUCGUUUAGUAAAAUACAAUGUGUUGCGAUAUUAAAGGAAAAUGAAACAAAUGGAGAAAAUGUGACUGGCUUGCGAAAAAUUUCCUCGCAUCUAGAGUUGACUGGUUGUGUGGAUGGAUCAAGUGAAGGGGGACUGAUAGUGGCAUUUGCAACCUGUGGGCAGGUUUUAGCAUUUGUAUAUAGAACCUACUGCAUAUUCAGGCUAGUGGAUGGUGGUACAACAUUGGGAAAGAUUUCUUUCAUAGAUAAUCAGCUUUGUGUUGACGGAAGUGCAACUCAAUUGUACAUUAUAGGUGGCAUGUUUCUUGAAGGCCGUGAUGCUAGGAUGACACUGAAUACUGGUGAAUCCCAAAGCAUAUUUGUAGAAAAUUUUGCUGUGUGGAACAAUAGAGGUUCUGCAGUUGUGUAUAAAUUAUCAUAUUCAAGCAACAUGUUCAGGUUUGAGCCUGUAUAUGCUAUCCCUGCUGUUUCUCAUCCUUCUCAUGUGAGAGUGUCUAUUUCUUUUAUUCAAUUGGAUCACUAUCUUCUUCGUGCUGAAUCUAUUUUCUUUCAUACCGAAGAACCUUUGCUGGGGAAGGCUCAUGUCACAAUUUGGUCAUUGCGUCAUCAACUUCAUAACAACAGUAAGUUUUGUCAAGAGUGUGAAAUGCUUGGAGAAGGCAGUUUUUUUGAUGACUGGAUCAUGAAUGCUACUACUCCUUAUAAAAUCGAGGGCCUCAAGCAUGACAUUGGCAUAAAACAGAGAGACAAGCUAAAUGAAUUAGCUUCCCUGCGUAAUUGUGCUCCAUGUCCAAAGAAUUCAGAUGGUAUAAUUUCAGGCGAUGAACAAUAUGAUUGUUACCGAGAAGGACAGCUCAUAUCUUCAUCAAUGGUUAUUUCUGAAAACUACAAAUCACCAUAUGCCAUUGUUUAUGGAUUCUAUAGUGGCGAAAUAGAAGUUGUGCAUUUUGAUUUGUUCUAUGAGGGACGUGAUUUUCGUGAUGGAAGUCCACACCAUGAAGCAGGGUCACAUGCAUCUAGACAAUGUCUUUUAGGGCACACUGGGGCUGUACUAUGUUUGGCUGCUCAUCGCAUGGUGGGUAACUGCAAAGGGUGGAGUUUUAAUCAUGUUUUAGUGUCAGGAAGCAUGGAUUGCACGAUCCAUAUAUGGGAUCUUGAAUCUCUCAGUCUCAUUACAGUUCUGCACCAUCAUGUAGCUCCGGUACGCCAAAUAAUUUUUCCCCCUUGUCAAACUGAUCGUCCAUGGAGUGAUUGCUUUCUCUCUGUUGGAGAUGACUCUUGUGUUGCACUUGCCUCGCUGGAGACUUUGCGGGUGGAGAGAAUGUUUCCUGGACAUCCAUAUUACCCAGCAAAAGUUGUAUGGGAUAGUGUGAAAGGCUAUGUAGCAUGUCUCUGCCUGAACUAUUCUGGAACAUCUGAUGCGUCUGAUGUUUUGUACAUCUGGGACACAAAGACGGGUGCUCGUGAGCGGGUUCUUCGUGGAAAUGCUUCUCAUUCGAUGUUUGAUCAUUUUUGUAGUGGUAGCAACAGAGAUCCCCUUUCUGCUAGUGUGACUAAUGUGAACACUUCGGUUUCCUCCUUACUUCUUCCAGUAAAUGAAGAAGUAAAAUUUUCACAAUCUCACUCGCAAAAUUUAGGGAAGGGAACUACAUCAGCAAACAUCCCCGCAGUUACUACAAACAUGACUGAGUGCAAUAGUUCCCAAACACGUGCGAGUAAAGGAAGUGUUUCAGAAACACUUCCAAUUACACAGCCAGUCUUUCAAAGCAGCAACCAUCCAAUCAAAAGCUCUUGCCCAUUUCCUGGAAUUGCCACUCUGAAUUUUGACCUUGCGUCAUUGAUGUCUCUUUGUCAGAAACAUGAAAUCCUUAAAGAUGGAGGCAAUAAUCCAGUGAAAAGCCAUGUAAAUGAAGUACGAGCUGAAAUUCUGAAAAAUGCUGCUCAUAGGAGAGAGAAAACUCAUCUAAAUGAACAGAGGGUUGAGAUGCCAAGUCCCCAUCAUAUUACGAUGGAUGAUGAAUUUGAUUUACAUAACACCUCGGCUGAUACUAUACAUGAUUAUGACUGGGUUCAAUCUCUCGAAGGACGUCUACUUCGGUUUAGCUUGUCCUUUUUGCACUUUUGGAACGUAGAUUUGGAGCUUGAUAAGUUGCUAAUAACUGGCAUGAAGCUCAAAAGACCAGAGGAUUUCAUUGUGGCUUCUGGUUUGCUGGGGGACAGAGGGUCUCUGACAUUGGCACUUCCUGGUUCUAGUGCUACUCUUGAGCUUUGGAAGUUGUCAUCAGAGUACUGUGCAAUGAGAUCACUGGCAAUGGUGUCCCUUGCUCAGCACAUGAUUAGCUUGUCUCAUUCCUGUUCAGAGGCCAGCAGAGUGGCGAUGUGGGUGGUUACUUUUGAUUUGCAGGAGGGUGGUGACUAUGUGUUGCUGGUGGUGACUGUCGCUGGAGGAUUGAGUAAGUGGUGGUUGUCACUGGUUGUGGUUGUGGUUGUGGUCGUGGUCGCUUGUUCUGUGACUGCUUUGUGCUUCCGUGGUUUAGCAGCAUUUUAUACACGGAACUUUGCAGAAAAAGUUCCAGAUAUAAAGCCACCUUUGCUUCAGCUUUUGGUGAGUUUUUGGCAAGAUGAAUGUGAACAUGUGAGAAUGGCUGCUCGCUCUUUAUUUCACUGUGCUGCUUCGCGGGAUGUUCCACUUCCCUUGUGCAGUCAAAAAGCAAGUGAUCAUGCAAAAUUUCUAGGCUCUCUAAAUGAAGUAGCAGAAAGUGAGCCUGAAAUUCCAAGCUUGGAGGAGCUGUCCUCAAACAGUUUAAAAUCUGACAAGCAGCCAGAAAGACAAGGAUGCUGUCAGGCCGAAGAAUCUGAAAUAUCAGCAUGGCUAGAAUCAUUUGAAGUGCAAGACUGGAUUUCUUGUGUUGGGGGAACAAAUCAAGAUGCAAUGACCUCUCAUAUUAUUGUUGCUGCUGCCCUGGCCGUUUGGUACCCUAGCCUUGUGAAGCCAAUUGUCUCUAGGCUGGUUGUUCAUCCGUUAAUGAAGUUGGCUAUGGCCAUGAAUGAAAAAUAUAGUUCAACUGCAGCAGAGCUUCUGGCAGAAGGUUUGGAGAGCACAUGGAUGGCAUGCAUUGGUUCGGAAAUACCUCGUUUAAUUGGAGAUAUAUUUUUUCAGAUAGAGAGUUUUAGUGGUGCAUCUGCUAACUCAUUGGCACAAAGUCCAAAUAUGUCUAUUAGCAUGCGGGAAAGUUUGGUUGAGAUUCUUCUUCCAAGUUUAUCAAUGGCUGAUAUACAGGCAUUUUUACAUGUGAUAGAAAGACAAAUCUGGUCUACUGCAUCUGAUUCACCUGUUCAUGUAGUAUCCCUCAUGACUCUCAUCAGGGUUGCACGUGGUUCUCCAAGAAACUUAGCUCAAUACCUUGAUAAGGUGGUCAGUUUCAUUUUACAGACAAUGGACCCUGGUAACUCGGUCAUGCGCAAAACUUGCUUUCAGAGUUCAACGGCAGCACUGAAGGAAGUUGUACGUGUAUUUCCUAUGGUAGCCCUGAAUGACACAUCAACCCGAUUGGCUGUUGGGGAUGCAAUCGGAGAGAUUGACAAUGCUAGCAUUCUAGUAUAUGAUAUGCACAGCAUGUCAAAAAUAAAGGUAUUGGAUGCAAGUGGACCUCCAGGACUUCCAACUUUGCUUGGAGGAAAUUCAGAAACCAUGUUAAGUACUGCGAUUUCAGCUCUAUGCUUUUCACCAGAUGGAGAGGGGCUAGUUGCUUUUUCUGAGCAUGGGUUGAUGAUCAGAUGGUGGUCAUUGGGAUCAGUAUGGUGGGAGAAACUCAGCCGGAAUCUUGUUCCUGUCCAAUGCACCAAACUGAUUUUCGUCCCUCCAUGGGAAGGAUUCUCACCUAAUUCUACUAGGUCCAGCAUAAUGGCAAGUGUAAUGGGUGAUGAUAAACAGUCCAGUUCGCAGGAGAACACUGGUGGUCUGAGCGACACCGACAGACUGAAACUCUUGAUUCACAAUCUUGAUCUUUCUUAUCGGCUGGAAUGGGUUGGUGAAAGAAAAGUUCAACUUACGAGGCAUGGCCAUGAAUUGGGCACUUUCCUGUUAUAAGCUUAUUGCUAUGGACUCUGAUUCAGGUGAACUCCCUGAAGGUUCCUUCUCAAAUAGAGAGAUGCAAAUUUUCUGGAUAUAUGUUCUUACUUCUUCACAAGUCUAGGGACCUCAGCUUCUCAUACUGUCAAACUUGUGGGCGGCAGUCCUUGUUUUCACCAAAGAAUAUAUAUGGCCUAAAUGUCGCGGGACAGCUCAAAAUUCAUGUCAACCAUUUGUUUUCAGAAUCAUCUUCAUUUUUUGGUGUUUUUUGGAGGAGGGGCGGCGGUGGUGGAUUUAGAAUGGGUUUACCACAAUAGUGUCGACAUGCACGGCAUAAAACAAUAAAUAAUGUACAUACCGUAUAUCAACAGUUUUGCUAUAAAUAGGCAGCUUAAUUCAUUAGUUACUGUAUCGGCUAAUCCGAAGGCUUACACUUGUUUUUUUUUUUUUGUUUGUUGUUACGGAGAAUGAGAGAGACAAUUAGAUGGUACCCGGUACUGGUAAUAAAAACUGUAUGGUUAAAUAAACAGCAAUACAUUUCUUUUGGAGCUUUCAGUACUGCUUUGCAUUCUGUACAGCAUUUUGGGGGUAAGUGAUAAGAGC